ACGCCUGCGCGCCCGAAGGAAGGCCAGAAGGCAGGAAGGAAGGAGCGCACGCCUGCUCUCGCGAUAUCUGGAGGCGCAGAAGCAGGUAUAGAGAGAGAGUCGGGGGAGAAGCGCCCCCCGCGCAUUACCACAGGAGGCUUCGGCGGCGGCCGGCAAGGCGAAUUUUUUCCUCGCCUCCGAGUUCUCGCGAGAGUUGGCGGCUCACCUUCUCCCCUCCUCACUCACUUUCCUCUCCCCGCCCCUCCCCCAACCUGGAAGCGGCGCCGUUUCGUGGAGGGAAGUAAGAGGGGAGGAGGAGGAGGAUGGGGGCCCCGGCGCGGGGGCCUUGCUAGGACUGGGGCGGAGGGAGAGGCGGAGGGGGCUCCUCAGCAGGGACUCGUGUCCCCCUCCCCCGAGGGCCCCCGGCGCCUCCGCGCCUCGCCAGGCCUCGACACUGCUCUUUCAUUCCCCUCAGGAACUUAGAAGCAGCCUUGAGGGCCAAAGGACAGCCAGCUGUGGCCUUCCUUCUCGUGGGGACCGAGGGCCUCGAGUUGGUAGCCGAGGGGGCGUUUCAGACCCGAGAGAAGCCAUUAUUCCAAUUCCUGGGGAGACCUACAGCUUUGAUAGACCACUUUCAGGAACUUUUCUGCCCCCUUUUGGCCGUUUGGAGGAAUCCAUCUCCAGGCUCAAUUACAAGACGAGUUCUAGCAGUAGUUGGGAGUUGGGACCCAUACAUUGACCUUAGCAUUUUGAAAUUUGAAUCUCCAGCUAAGGAAAGUUAGCUUACUAUCAUUGCCCUACGCCUGAUAUCUAGGAAGAGGGCCAUUCUAGUAUAAGUUGCUUACCCCCCCUCUUUUUGAAGGUCUGGGUCUUAGUCAGUUGUUUGGGCUAGAUCCUCAUCUAGCUUCAAACUCUGGUAAGACACCCGCAUGCAGAAGAGAGCAAAGUGGCUGGAUGUAGGAGAGAAGUGACGCAAGGGAAGGGGGUGGCCUUGACAAUUAGGGUUGGGGGUUUUGGAGGAUUGCCCCCUCUUUUGGAGCCCAGUGGAGAAGGAAUGCCAAACCCAGAGAGACAUGGGGUCAAGAAGGAAUCAGGAGGAGGAGUGUUCUUGCAUCAAGAAGCCGUAUCCAGCAGCGGGAGCUCAAACAGCAAAGAGAGGCACAGGCUUUCCAAGCACAAGAGACACCGGUCCAGGCAUUCCAAAGAUUCGCCAUUGGGAGCCCAAGACGUUGGAACACCACUGGGAAACAUGAUCAAGCCUUUGGUGGAGUAUGAUGAUAUCAGUUCGGACUCUGACACCUUUUCUGACGAAGCUGUCCUCAAGCCGGAACGCAGGGAAAACGAUGAAAGAAAAGGGACUUCGGAGAAAAGCGACCGGCUACACAGGCACCGUCACCAUCAGCACAGGCGUGUACGCGAAUUGAUGAAAAGCAAGCUGGUGGACAAGGAAAAGCGGAACCAAGAGUCCUCGGGCAAGUUGAGUUCUGCAAAGGACAGGGUGUCGGGGGCUUCCAAAAGGCUGCAUGAGGAGAAUGAUGAACAUCCCUCUAAGACAUUCAAGAGUAGCAGCAAGGAGUCCCGAUCAGCCAAACUGCAUAAAGAAAGGGUCAGGAAAGAGCGUGAGGCAAAAUCCGGCCACAAGGACCGCAGCAAAAGUCACCGUAAAAGAGAUGCUCCCAAAAGCUACAAAUCCCUGGACAGUCCAAAGCGGAAAUCUAGGAGUCCGCACCGCAAGUGGUCAGACAGUCCCAAACAAGAUGACAGCCCCUCAGGAGCAUCGUAUACACAGGACUACGAUAUAAGCCCUCCACGCUCUCACACAUCCAGUAAUUAUGAUUCCUAUAAGAAAAGUCCCAGUGGGUCCUCAAGAAGACCGUCAGUCAGCCCACCGUACAAAGAACCUGCUGCAUACCAGUCCAAUAUGCGUUCUCCCAGUCCUUAUAGCAGAAGGCAGCGGUCAGUCAGUCCAUAUAAUAGGAGACGUUCAUCCAGCUACGAGAGAGGAAGUGGAUCUUACAGCGGAAGGUCCCCCAGCCCAUUCAGCCGAAGGCGAUCCAGCAGUCCCUUUGUUUCCAAGCGGUCAAUGAGUCGGAGUCCUGUAUCCAGAAAGCCUGCAAAAUCCCGAAGUAGAAGUCCUGCUUAUUCGAGGCACUCGUCAUCUCAUAACAAAAAGCAAAGAUCUGGGUCCCGCAGUCGCCAUUCCAGUAUCUCACCUGCUCGACUGCCUUUGAAUUCCAGCCUCGGAGCUGAGUUGAGUAGAAAGAAAAAGGAGAGAGCAGCGGCAGCAGCGGCAGCAGCAGCAAAAGUUGAUGGGAAGGAGACUAAGGACUCACCUAGUAUGCUGUCUAGGAAAGAAAACAGUUUUUCUGAAAUUAAAGAGCCAGUAGUAGAGGCCAAGAAGGUAAAAACCAUUAAGCCUGAGAAGUGCCCUUCUGAUGCUGAGAUGGCAAAUGUCCUACAGCACAACACAGAGACAAAAAUAAUGCUUGAUCCUGUCAAAAUAAAAGUUGUAGAGAACUCAGAGAAGAAACUGCUGGCUGCAGUUAAAGACUCAAAAUUAAUGGGAACAAAAGAUAUGAAAUUUAUAGCAAAGGAGGAGAUUGCUACCCCAAAGGAAACAGAGGCAGCUGAGCAAGAGCCCCCACCUCCUUUGCCUUCUGUUAAUCUGCUACCUCCUUUGCCAAAAUCAUCACCCCCAACUCAGGCUGCUCCUCCUCCAUUGCCCCCUUUACCUCCUUCAACAGCUCUUCCCCCUCCGUUGCCUGUCCAGUCAACCACAGUUCACAUCCCUGCUUCAGUUCCAUUGUCCCUGCCUUCGUCUACCCACUCCAGGACGUCUCUGACUACUCAGGCUAACUCUCAACCUGCUGUGCAAUCCUUCUCAAAGGCACAUGUCUCUGUGACAACUGCUGUCACGCUUCUGAAAACAUCAACAUUGCCUCCACUCCCUUUUCCGCCUGUCCUGCCUGGAGAAGAUGAAUUGGAUAGUCCAAAAGAAGUUGUUCAUCUAAAACCAGUGAAAAAAGAGAAAGAACAGAGACCACGUCACUUGCUCACAGACCUUCCACUGCCCCCAGAACUUCCUGGCGGAGAUCCUUCACCCCCAGAGUCUCCAGAACCAAAGGCAGCCACACCACCUCAGCAACCAUUGAGAAAGAGACCAAAAAUCUGUUGUCCUCGUUAUGGUGAGAGGAGGCAGACAGAAAGCGACUGGGGCAAGCGUUGUGUGGACAAAUUUGACAUCAUUGGUAUUAUCGGAGAGGGGACAUAUGGGCAAGUGUACAAAGCCAAGGACAAAGACACAGGUGAAUUGGUGGCUUUGAAAAAAGUACGUCUGGAUAAUGAAAAGGAAGGCUUUCCCAUCACAGCAAUCCGUGAAAUCAAGAUCCUUCGGCAAUUAAUACAUCGAAGUGUUGUCAACAUGAAGGAAAUCGUCACAGAUAAGCAAGAUGCACUGGAUUUCAAGAAGGACAAAGGUGCCUUUUACCUUGUAUUUGAAUAUAUGGACCAUGACCUCAUGGGAUUGCUCGAAUCUGGCUUGGUGCACUUCUCAGAGGACCACAUUAAGUCUUUCAUGAAGCAGUUGAUGGAGGGACUGGACUACUGUCACAAAAAGAACUUUCUCCAUCGAGACAUCAAGUGCUCCAAUAUAUUAUUGAACAACAGUGGGCAGAUCAAGCUGGCAGAUUUUGGACUAGCCCGGCUGUACAGUUCAGAAGAAAGCCGUCCAUACACCAAUAAAGUAAUUACAUUAUGGUAUCGACCGCCUGAAUUGCUGCUAGGCGAGGAGCGUUACACGCCAGCCAUAGAUGUCUGGAGCUGUGGCUGUAUCCUCGGGGAACUAUUUACAAAGAAGCCUAUUUUUCAAGCAAAUCUUGAGCUGUCACAGCUUGAAUUAAUCAGUCGUCUUUGUGGAAGUCCCUGUCCAGCUGUGUGGCCAGAUGUCAUCAAACUACCCUACUUCAACACCAUGAAACCGAAGAAGCAAUACCGAAGGCGGCUAAGGGAGGAGUUUGCUUUCAUUCCUGCUGCUGCACUUGACCUGCUUGACCACAUGCUGACACUGGAUCCCAGUAAAAGAUGCACAGCAGAACAAGCCUUGCAGAGUGACUUCCUGAAAGAUGUGGAUGUCAGCAAGAUGGAUCCUCCAGACCUUCCUCACUGGCAAGAUUGCCAUGAACUAUGGAGCAAGAAACGUCGGCGGCAGCGGCAGAGUGGAAUUGUGGUGGAGGAACCCCCCUUGGUCAAAGUUUCCAAGAAGGAGUCUGUCUCCAUAACAAGUGCAGAACCUAUCAAGAAUCACAGCAGUCCAGCACAACCACAGCCAGCUCAGAUCAAAACACAGCCUGUUACUGGAGACACAUUUGUCGGCCUUGGUGAUAUCACUCAGCAGCUGAAUCAGAGUGAGUUGGCUGUCUUGUUGAACUUGUUGCAGAGCCAAACAGACCUCAGUAUCCCACAAAUGGCCCAGCUGCUCAACAUCCACUCAAACCCUGAGAUGCAGCAACAGUUGGAGGCUCUCAAUCAGUCCAUCAAUGCACUCAAUGAGGCCACCACCACACAGCCGUCACAGGACUCCCAGAAAGUGGCUGAAGAAGAAGCCACUCUUGAGGAGCCCCCGCCGCCCCAACUGUCAGAGGAGCAACCCACUCCAGAUGCAGCUAGCACUCAGGGAGACAUGCAGAAUGUCCUAACGGUUUUGCUGAGCCAGCUCCUUAAGACCCAGGAGCCUGCAACAAACACAGAGGAGAAUAAUAGUGAGAAGAGCAGUGAGCUGCAGGGGCGCCAACCAACCCCCACUUUGCCUCAGGACGAGCCAGCAGCCUGUCCUCACAUUCUCCCACCAGAGAAGAGACCCCCUGAGCCUCCUGGACCGCCGCCGCCACCGCCUGAUCUGGCUGAAGAAAACACCUCCAACGCUGCUCAGGAGUUGAACCCAGCCAUGACAGCUGCGCUCCUCCACCUUUUAUCCCAGCAAGAGACAGGGCCCCCAAGUCACCCAAAGCACGAACCCCAAGUUGGGAGGCCUCCCUUGGAUUACACCAUAUCACAAACCUCCUCCAGGACUUACAAUGCCGAUGACCCCGAGGGCUGCAGCUUUGAUGUGGAUGAUCGGAAUUCAAGCCAGACCUUAACACAGACGUCGCCCCAGACCUUGGGGAAAAGUAGGACCUUUCUGGGCUCCGCAAGUCAUCUUGGGGAGUCAAGCAACUACCAGGGCUCAGGAUCAGUUCAGUUUCCAGGGGACCAGGACCUCCGUUUUACCCGGGUUCCUUUGGGGAUGCAUUCUGCUCUCGGGCAGUCCUUCCUCAAAACCGAAGGGAGCAACAACACACUGGCACAUUCAGAGGCCAAAAUUCACAACUAUAGUGAGGCAGGAGUGGCAAAUGCUAGUUCUAGUGAUGCAGGAACAAGCCACACGUGGGGGAACACGGUCCAGUCCACGUCUUAUGGAAAAGCCUUUCGCGGGCAGAGUAGAGUGCCUCCACGAGGGGGAAGAGGAAGAGGGAUCCCUUACUGAAAUGACUGGAAAGGGGGGAAUUGGAAAACUUUUUCUGGUAUUUUAUCCUCCUAUUCCCCUCUUGACUUUAGAGCAGCCAGUUUAUCAGAGCAAACCAUUGCCCAUCUCUGGUCACCACACAAGCGGUUCAUUGUUGAUAUUUUUCCCAUUUUUGCUCACCAGACUGCUGCUGCUUUCUUCCCCCUCUCCCAGUGGCUUUAGAAUGAAGACCCUUAGCCUUUCUCUUGACACCUUUCCAUGCCCAAAGACCAGCUGAUUUGGGUUUCACAUGGCAAGUUUUCCUACUCAGAGAUGGGGGAGUGGGAGAAGGGGAAAAAAAGAAAACUUUAAAAAUAUAAUAAAUUGGAAAUAUGAAUGGAAUGUGUUUACAAGCCUUGAGCCAUUAUUUCUGAGAUGAGCCCACUGAGGCAGAUAAAGUAAACUAUUGCCCUGGUGUGUACAUGUGGCAGAUUGAAAAACUCGAAUGAGCUAUACUGCUUCACAUUGUGGGGAUUGCCAUUUUUGACCUCUCCCUUCUACAUAAUAAACACACAGGGAAAAUCCACUUCCUUGCAAGUAGAAAAUACGUCAGAAAGAUUCUAACCUCACCUUUUCUACACUCAACUUGCAAGCGAGAUUGUGUAAUUAUGAGAGGUGGAAGCAUUUGGAAGUAGCAAUUCCACUAACUAGUCAGCAGGAGCACAAACAGCUGUUCUGCACCUAUGCCCUGCAGAAUGUCAUACAGACCCAACCUCAGUAUUGCAAAGAUGGUGUGCUUAUCACUUUCCUUUGCCUCCUUGAAUUUCAAAAUUAGUCAAGACGGUGCCUACAUGCCUUUUUAUACUGAUUUAGGAGGGCUUGGUUCAUGUUAUGUAAGAGUUUGGAAUCUUUAUUUCUGCCCUCUUUCUUAGCCACAUUUUCUUCACAUGAAGGCGAGAUGCUUCAGUCUUCUUCUGUGAAUGAGCUGUUCUCUGUUUUACUGUGAAAGGCCCAGUCCGGACAUACUCAUUUUCCAAUCCUUAAUGGAACUGAGUUUUCUGUAGAGUCCUUGAAUUGGUUGGCUUUUGGAUGGGUUUAGGUUUUUUUUUUAAUUUUUAUUUUCUCUUUAAGAAUGGCGAGUGUCCUUUUGUUGGCGCUUCUGAAGGCCAAAGUUUAUGGCAAGGAAAAAAACAAUAAAAUAAAAACCAAAAACUUUGUAAUCCUUAUGUUCUUGGGGUAGAGUGUCUUCAAGAGUGAAGCUGUGGCAAGUCUAAAUAAUUUAGAUGUAAUGUUUUCAAGCUUUCAAAGGCUUACAGAUGUUAUUGCCUAGUAUGUGAUUUCACUGCUUUCAGUGUUAGGAAACUUUGCAGAUUUCUUCACAGACAUGGCAAUGGAGACCUUUAUAUUUAUUUUUUAAUGCUAUAGCAGCUCUAGCCACGUUGAUUAAUUUUCCAUUGUUUUGGUGAAGUUUAGAGUUUCCUUCUUAGAGGCUGAGAUAUGAACAAAGAUGUUGCAGUGUGAAAAUUUGAAAGCGUGACUAAUUUCUCAAUAAAACAUCAUUGUUUCUUUUAUGCUGGCACUGUUCAGAGAAGCAUGUCAGAACUGUGGGAUCAGAGGGAAAUAUACUUUUUUAAUAUGUUGCUUUCCUAUGUAUACAGGAGGAGCUCUAAUAAGUGGAGAGUGUAGUGCAUUGAUACUGAAGUCAGAAAAAAUAUGCCUUAAACUGGCUUUCUCUAACCUUUUGCCCUAUAAAUACGUUGGACUGAAACUACAUUGCAGGGCUGCCUGGGCCAUCAUGAAAGUUCCAGUCCACAUCUGGAUGGUGUCUGUUUCAGAAGGCUGCAUUUAAACAUAUGGAUAGGACAUUGGUGUCAUACAAGGCAGUUGAAACAGCAUUUAGAAGAACCUGCAUGUAGGUGGGAGCACUAAUAGGUAUAAUACGUGUCCCUGUGUUUGUUUUUUAAAAAAUGUGUCUAUCAGUUCUUCAAAGUGUAGUAAGUUUUCAAAAUUCCAAGUGUAUGCUUUGUGGAUUUUUUUUUAAAUGAGUUGGAAUUUCUUACCCAACAUGCAAAAAAAGUACUGUAUAUGCAGAGAGGUUAAUAAAAAGGGAGAGAUUUCUCCUAGGCAUUUAUUUAAA